GCGUGGAGUGCCGUCGUGUGCCCGUUGUCGCCGUCCACAGCCUGUGCGUCGCGCCCGCGGAAAAAAACAGGGUUCUCCGCUCUUCGGCUCGCGCGCUCCGGAUCGGACGACGUCGCCGUCGUCGACCCCCGGGAUACGCCGGACGGAAGUCGACGUUCGCCGACCGGAAUUUCGGGACUACCCUGGCGCGCGCGCCAGCGAGGGGAAACGUGUACGCGGGGCGAGACCCCAACGCGGUGGAAUGCGCGUAUAUAUAGGAGAAGGGAGCACUGGCCGUACGGGUGCUCGAGCGAGACAGAGAGCGGUGCAGUGACAUCGGGGUUGCUCGCCGUGAGCCGCGAAGGGAGGCGAGGCCGAGGGGGAGAGGCAGCAGCGCGAGAGAGGACAGAAGGGCGAAGAGAGCUCGGGAAUCGCGAAGGGAAGGAAGACUCGGGAAAGGGCGAAGGAGAGAGAUUUUCUCCCCGUCGUCGUCGUCGUCGUCCUCUCGUUGUUGUCACGAGAGCAAAAAGAGCGCGAGGGGGUACUAAAGCAAAAAGGCAGGAAAUCCGGGGAUCGAAUCGUGGACGCCUCUUCGACAUCGUCGUCGAGACAUCGUCGUCGUCGUCGAGCACCUCUUCUUCUUUCUCUCCGGUACCUAUCUCUUCGCGGCCGGAAGUGGUCGAGCGCGCCGGGCGGGAAUUUCGUUGCCGGGAAUUCCCCAUUCGCGCUCCCCGAGACUCCGGUACCACAUCGAGGGUGCGUGCCGCUCCUCUCGGGGAUGCCGUAUAUGUAGAGGAAGCGAGUAACGCGCGCGCACGCACGCACGCGGUAUCGGUCUUUACCUCUGCGCUCUUUCUCUCUCUUUCUUUCUCUCUUUCUCUUUCUCUCUCUUUUCUCUCCCUCUCGUCGGCGCGAGAAAGAGAACCGCGUAUAUAUAAAUAUAAUAGAACGCACCUAGAUAUCUAUUUAUAAGUUUGUACGAAGCAGGAGAGGCCGCGAGAGAACUGAGGGACCGAGAUAGCAGGAGGCGGCGGGAUGGAGAUGGAACAUUGCGAGAAGAGGAACGGAAAGAGAAACUUGUAAAGAUGAAAGGAGAAGAAUAAAGAGAAAGAGGGAAAGAGAGAGGGUCAAGCAGAAGGAGAGAGCGAGCUGAAUAGAAGAAGCGAAAAGGAGUGGUGGCGGAACGUGUGACGGUGGUGCGCCCGCGCUCGGUUUUCCCCACGUCUUCCAUCGUAGUAGUGUACCGGUCGUCGUUCCUGGUGGCGGUGCUGGUGGUGGUGGUGGUGGUGGUCGCGAUUGGUGGUGGUGCUGAUGGUGGUGCUGGUGGUAUUGGUCUUGUAGUACAGUGGGUGCUCUCGCGCUGUGUCCAGGAGGUAGCGAGCGGUCGCGACGUAGCGCCACGAGGGAGGUGUUGUUGGGCGAAGAUACACACGCGCGUCGCGCGCGUGCGGAAAGCCGCGGGAAGGGAGGGAGCGAGAGGCUUCUCAGGCGAAGAGGGUGCGUUGCGCCCUGCGUAAACCUCGCGGAAGCGGUGCCGGGUCGACCGAGAGGCCGGCACGAUCGAGAGGACCGGAGAGGACCGGAGCAGAUUGCAGGGACCGGAAACGGAGACGGAGGGAAAGGGCGAAUCUCUCGUCUCUCGCACGGGUAUAGAGUGAGGCAGUGAGCCGCGCGGCAGCAGGUCUUGCCGAGCAGCGAUCUUGCGGGGCCGCGCGUAAAUACGAGUGCGAGUGAACGCGCGGAUAUGACGAGCGGAUACGCCCGGCGGCUCACGUGAUACGCAACGCAAUCAUCGUGCUCCGCCGCCGAGGAAGAUAUGUGGUCACGGAGGGAGCUUCGUAACAGCCCAGUGCCGUAGCAUGCCGGCGAGCUGCAGCAGCGCGUGGUGGUGCGCCUCUGAGACACCGCGUCGAUCGGCGUCGAUCGCCGCCAUCUGCGUGGCUAGGCACCAACGAUCCCUGGAGCGUCGUCGCCGGAGAAGAAGAAGAGCAACAACGUGUGAUUGUCGUCGUAGCACAGGAAGCACGGAGCUCGACACCAGCGACCGAUGAGCGCGGGGGGGGAUGGGGGCUCGGCGUUGGGCCCGCCUGAUCAGCUGCCAGGGGCCCAGCCGAUUGCCGCGACCCCCUACAUCGCGAUCCCCCCCAACGCCGGCCAGCAGCUUGACGUCGGUGGCGCGAUGGACGCGACGCAGCUGGCGAAUAUGCAGCAGCCGCCGCCGUCGCAGACGGGCCCCGGAGCCGCCGGCGGCGCCGCCUCCAAGUCGGCCCAACAGAAGAGGCCCGUCAGACGGGGGGGUAAGCCGCCCCCCGACAGACCGGUACGGGCGCUCUUCUGCCUGGCCCUCACGAACCCUCUUAGGAAGAUGUGCAUCAGCGUCGUCGAGUGGAAACCCUUCGAAUGGCUCAUCCUUAUGACGAUAUUUGCGAACUGCGUCGCUCUGGCCGUUUACACGCCGUAUCCUUAUGGCGAUUCCAAUCUGACCAACCAAUACUUGGAGAAGAUAGAGUACGUUUUUCUUGUGAUUUUUACGGUGGAGUGCGUGAUGAAGAUCAUAGCUUACGGCUUCGUCGCGCAUCCAGGAGCUUACCUCCGCAACGGCUGGAACUUGCUGGAUUUCACGAUAGUCGUGAUUGGAAUGAUAAGCACGGUGUUGACGAUACUUAUGAAGGAGGGUUUCGACGUCAAGGCCUUAAGGGCGUUUCGUGUUCUGCGUCCUCUCAGGCUGGUUUCCGGCGUUCCAAGUCUUCAAGUGGUCCUAAACUCCAUUUUGAGGGCGAUGGUACCGCUUUUGCACAUUGCUUUAUUAGUUCUCUUCGUCAUCAUCAUUUACGCCAUCAUCGGCCUCGAGCUGUUCUCCGGGAAGAUGCACAAGACGUGCCGCCACAAAAUAACCGGCGAGUUAAUGGACGGUCCGGUACCAUGCGGCCCCGGAGGCUACCAGUGCUCCCGGGUCGGGCCCGACUAUGAAUGCAGCAAGCGGUACUGGGAGGGCCCCAACAACGGCAUCACGAAUUUCGACAACUUCGGACUGGCCAUGCUCACGGUCUUCCAAUGCAUCACCCUCGAGGGCUGGACGGAAGUGCUUUAUAAUAUCGAGGAUGCAAUGGGAAGUUCGUGGCAGUGGAUAUACUUCAUUUCGAUGGUCAUCCUUGGGGCUUUCUUCGUGAUGAAUCUAAUUCUCGGUGUGUUGUCCGGUGAAUUUUCCAAGGAGAGAGAGAAGGCGAAGGCGCGUGGCGACUUUCACAAGCUCAGGGAGAAGCAGCAGAUCGAGGACGAUCUCAGGGGUUACCUCGACUGGAUAACGCAGGCCGAGGACAUCGAGCCGGAGACCGAUGAGCCGAAGCAAGAUGGAAAAACCAAGCAGCAAAAUGAAAUAGAGAGCACGGACCAAUUGGAGGGUGACGAGGAAGGGAUCCAGCAAGAGUCCGUUUGGAAGAAGAAGAAACGGGAUUUAGAAAGAGUGAACAGGCGGAUGCGAAGAGCCUGUAGGAAGGCUGUGAAGUCCCAGGUCUUCUAUUGGCUUAUCAUAGUUCUGGUCUUCUUGAACACCGGUGUUCUCGCCACGGAGCACUACGGUCAACCGGACUGGAUGGAGCACUUUCAAGAAAUCACGAACAUGUUUUUCAUCGUGCUGUUCUCCAUGGAGAUGAUGUUAAAAAUGUACAGUUUAGGUUUUCAGGGUUAUUUCGUCUCGUUGUUUAAUCGUUUCGAUUGCUUCGUCGUAAUCGGCUCGAUCACCGAAAUGAUACUUACGAAUACACGUGUAAUGCCGCCUCUUGGCGUUUCCGUACUUCGUUGCGUCCGGUUGCUCAGGGUAUUCAAAGUAACGAAAUAUUGGAGAUCACUGUCGAAUUUAGUGGCCUCUUUACUAAACUCGAUACAAUCGAUCGCCUCGCUGUUGCUUCUGCUUUUCCUCUUCAUCGUGAUCUUCGCGCUUCUGGGCAUGCAGGUCUUCGGUGGAAAGUUCAAUUUCAGUCACGACGAGGAAAAGAAGCGUCAAAAUUUUGACAGCUUUUGGCAGAGCCUGCUCACCGUAUUUCAGAUAUUAACCGGCGAGGACUGGAACGCUGUGAUGUACGUCGGGAUUCAGGCUUACGGCGGCGUCAGCAGUUUUGGCAUGCUCGCCUGUAUUUAUUUCAUUAUCCUCUUCAUAUGCGGUAACUAUAUUCUCUUGAACGUGUUCUUGGCUAUCGCCGUCGACAAUCUCGCCGAUGCCGAGUCCCUGACUGCCAUCGAAAAGGAGGCCGAAGAGGAGGCGGAGAAAAAUAAAUCUCGCAGCGGCUCACUGGCAAGGGACGAAGUCAGCGGCGAAGCUGGCGAUGACGGUGGCGAAGGGGGAGAGGACGAGGAGGCCGCCGGUACAGAUCUCGAACACGAUCCUAACGAGACAAUGGAGGACUACGAAGCCGCACUCGAUACCGAAACGUCGGAGAAAAGCGACGAUAUGAAUACGCAUAAGGUGCGACUUAACGUCGAGUCCGACGAGGAAAUGGAGGAAGAAGAGGAGGAGGAAGAUGGUGAGCAAGAAAUGCAAGAUGACGGACAGGAAGUGUCGGCUAGACCGCGAAGAAUGUCCGAGUACAACAUGGCCACCAAGAAGGAACCGAUCCCGGCCGGUUCGGCAUUCUUUAUUUUUUCGAGCACUAAUAGGUUUCGCGUGUUCUGCCAUUGGUUCUGCAAUCACAGUUACUUCAGCAACGUGAUACUACUGUGCAUUAUGAUUUCCUCCGCCAUGUUGGCCGCCGAAGACCCACUGAGACAGAAGUCGGACAGAAAUGACAUACUGAACUACUUUGACUAUUUUUUCACUACCGUUUUCACGAUCGAAAUCUGCCUCAAAAUGGUCUCAUACGGCUUCAUCAUCCACGAGGGCGCGUUCUGCCGAUCGGCUUUCAAUCUGCUCGAUCUUCUCGUCGUUUGCGCCUCUCUCAUUUCCAUGACACCCAUGAACACUGGCGCAUUCUCUUUCAUCAAAGUGCUCCGAGUGCUCCGUGUACUGAGGCCGCUGCGUGCCAUCAAUCGCGCCAAGGGAUUAAAGCACGUAGUACAGUGCGUCAUCGUAGCGGUAAAGACUAUCGGAAACAUAGUCCUCGUCACCAGCCUCCUGCAGUUCGUGUUCGCCGUCAUUGGCGUACAGCUCUUUAAGGUAGGAUUAUCGGGCCCCGAUACCGACACGGCCCCGAGAAAAUCUAUCCUCCGAACCUCUUAUAAUAUACACUAGAGUGGCAUAUAAUAUAUUACCAGUCGAUACCCCCACGACAACACCUUAAGAAAAAAAAAACCCUUUUAAAAUCUCAGCCUCAAAUCCACCCCUCUCUUUUUCUCUCUCUUUCUCUCUCUCUCUCUCUCUCUUUUUCUCACUCUCUCUCUUUUUCAAGAUCCGUUUUCAGCAUUUGUUCAUUCGUUUAUCCACACAUUUCUUAAUAUGCCAGAAAUUUAAUUCACCAUCACCAAAUUCAUUACUACUGUUACGACUACUUUAGUAAGCCUUUGCCCGACAUCUCGGCAGCUUCUUCGACGAUUAUUUCUUCCGCCUAAUUGUUGCAAAAAAGCACGCAGUCGAAUCUAAAGAUCGCGAUUGACUUAGAAGUAAUUAAAUCCGAUGGAGAAACGCGACUAGAAAGGAUUUUCCUGUCUUUUUCGAGAAAAUAUAUCGUCAAUCGAGACUGACGAUUUACGUACUCCAGCUUUUGCUUUGUAAUUAGAUCAAAUCUUUUCAUCGUCGAUAAUUAUGUGUUUUCCAUGUCAAGUCUCUGCACCGCUCUCCUUGGAUUUUUGCCGAUUUUUCUCACAGAUUUUCAAACACACGCACGCGCGAGACUUUUGUCACCGUUUUUUGCGCACUCGAUACACACGUGUGAAUACAUAUACUUUGAGUAAGUUUUAUCAAUAACCGUCGCGCGCGCAGAGAGCUUUUUUCGUAGAAAAUCUACUUCGUUAUCGAUAUGGAUUGCUGGUUCGUGUGAAUGAGGAAGAAGUGAUGUUGCGGAAUUAACGAGCGCAUCGUCCAAUUAGGUGAAACGUCUAUGUCUGAAUCUCCGACAUCGACAAACGGCGUCGAUGCGCGCGGCACGUGGAAAAUAAUCGUCGAGGGGCACGAGCACGAGGCGAAUGUUGUUUUUUCUGACAGAUGCACCUCUGGGUAUACCCUUCUCCCCUGUGAAAAACAAGCUGUCUUUUGCGUCUAACUUAUACUCAUAAUUGGGUUUCUUGUCUCGACACUCUCUCCCCGAAACCUCUCACUGGGACCACGUUUGUGUUCUUUGUUCCCACUGUAUAUAAGAUCUUUUAUGUCAAAGCGCCCCAUCUGGCGAAGGCCAGCAUGAUCGUUUGCCUUUAUUAUCCGAUAACAAAUCGAUUUUACAUCGACGUAGCUUACGCCGAACUUGGAUUCUUCAUUUUACCAUUAUAUUAUGUUACUUCUUUAGAUAUAAAUUGUAUAUUUAUAAAGAUUCAAAUCGACGUCCAUUUGAAACUGUGCUAUGCCUUGGAAAAUGUUUUAAGUGUGUGACGUAGGAGAGAGAAAAUCAAUGUUUAUUGAUGGAAAGUGUAUAUCGCGCGUGCAAUGAAAUUUCUCUUCGUAGAUUAUUAUAAUUUUGAAUAAUCAGUUUAAUUUAAUUUUAUUUUGCUAUAUUUUGCUAAGUAUACGUAGCUCGAGACCGGGUUAAGUACGCUUUAGAAAAGCGCGCGAGUGAAUUUUAUUUAUUGUUAGAAUUUAUCCGACAGGCUAUCCAUCGAGUCAACCAGAUUAUUUACAUUCUAAUGCCGCGUUUAUGUUUAAAUAAUAGAAAUAACGCAUCUCUCUCACUCCUUCUCGCUUUCUUUCUCUCGGGUUUGGUGUGAAAACAGUUCUCUCAGUGACAUUUUCCACGUACCGAUGUUUAACUAUGUGAAAUAUCAUUCAUCGUUUUCCUUCACUAUAUAGCAUGGUUUUCUCUUCAUGAUGACGAUCUUAAAUCGCGAUAAAAUUACAUCGUAUAUGCAUGUUGUUUUAAACAUUGAACAAUAUUUUCAGAGACUGCAGUAGAUUAAAAUUGAAUCAUUAAUGGUAUUUGUCGAUAGCUUUAGCGAGGAAAAACCGCUGUUAUUUCAUGAAAAAUAAAAAGGGGAAAGAAAAACAAAUACCGUUUUCGUCAAACUGUUGUCCACAAAAAUGAAAGCAAUUCGAGAAAUAUUGCACUUCGCAGCGAUUUUUUAAACAUACGCGAAUGUACACGAUUUUAUUUAGAGCCAUAAAAGAGAGAUAAUAAUUUUGUUACCGAUAAUACUGAUACACGAUACGAUUUUUCAACACAAAAUUUUCUUUCAUACGUUUCUUUGUCGCUUCGACAUCGAUACAUUUGAUUCGAUAUAUUUCCACUGCUUUCAGAACCGAAUAACGUUCAAUCUAGGCAUGUACCUCGUUUGAAGUAUUUUGACGACCAAAAAUUAUAGCACGUUUUAAAAAGUCAGUUACAUGCGUAAUAAAAAUAAUUGUAGCAACAAUAAAUAGUUCAUAUAUAGUGUGUAAUUGAGAAAUGAGAAAAAACCUAGUAUGUAUGAAGAUACUAGGUCAAGUAAAUUAAAAUUCUUGAAUAAAAUUGAUAAUAAUUUUUUUUAAAUAGAAAAGUUGGUAGCUGUAAUAUUUUUCAAAAAAACUAUAAAUAUCCAAUAAUUAUCAAGUAUAUAUAUUAAUAUUUUUCUAAUAACUAUCAACUGAUUAGCCCUCCGAGAACACACCUAUUUUUUCAUUUAUGUGUAGGGUCAGAUUGACCCAUGAGUGUUCUUUUGAAAAAAACGUAAUUUACAAAAAAAUUUUCAUUUUUUUUAUUUUUAAUAUUUCUGGCUAAAAAUUUUUCUGGCAAAAAAAAAAACAUUGUCAAAUUGACCCUUUGUGUUCUCGGAGGGUUAGUUACAUAUAUUUUGACGGUUUUGCAAUAAUUAUGUUAUCACUGAAAGAUCGCGGUGUUAUUCCAUUGGUUUCAAUUACUUCAUUUGCCGUCUUAUCAUAUAGUAAAUCGUGCCACGCCGAUGUAAUUUAAUAUAUGCAUAUAUAUGAUGGACGAGUGACCGGGGGGAGAUGAGACGGUGGCUCAAAAGCAGAUCGGGGAUGAUAGUCGAGUCCUUUAUAAAAAAAGGCAUGUUAAGUCAAUACUCGCGUAUCUCGAAGUUUAUUGUUGCCGCUUUUCCGCGAUGCCAAUUACGAUCAAAACU